AUGGGUCAGUAUCUUGGUAAUUACAAGAAGGAGUUUGCUAGAAUAUAUGAUUAUGCUGACAUGUUGAGGUCUACAAAUCCUGGCAGCACUAUUGUUGUGAAGACCUUCAAGGCGACAAUACCUGGAAAAAGGGUGUUUGUGGGUAUCUAUAUUUGUCUACAUGCUUGCAAAGUUGGUUGGUUGGAAGGAUAUAGAAAUGUUAUUGGCUUUGAUGGAGCAUUUCUGAAGGGUGUGUGUAAGGGUGAGCUACUAUCAUGCAGUGGUGGAAAAGGAGACAAAGCAGACAGGUUAUGGCUUUUUAGGUGCCUGAUGCAUGAUCUGCAGCUCACUAAAUCCCAAGGUGAGGGGCUGACCAUCAUUUCUGAUAUGCAGAAGAGACUUGUUGCAUCUGUUUUUGAGUUGUUACCAAAUGCUGAGCACAAAAUGUGUACAAGACACAUAUGGAGCAACUGGAAACAAAAGUGGAAAGGAGAGGAAAGAAGGAAGAAGUUCUGGGCCUGUGCAAAGGCUUCAUUUGAAGCAUAUUUGAAGGCUAAGAUAGAUGAGCUGGCAGAAUUAGGUGAUAGUAAGAUCAUUGAGGACUUGCUGAGAUACCCAAAACAAUGUUGGUGUAGAGCAUUCUUCAAAGACUGGAGCAAAUGUGAUUUUGUGGAGAACAACAUAUGUGAGACCUUUAACAAUUGGAUCUUGUCUGCAAGGCACAAGUCUAUCUUAACCAUGUUAGAAGAGAUUAGAGUGAAGGUGAUGAAGAGGAUGACUACCAUGAGAGAAUUUGCAACAAGGUGGAUUUCUGAUGUAUCUCCUAUGGCAAUGGGGUACAUAGAGGAACAAUCUCAAUAUGUUGUUAAGCAUGAAUUUAAAUGGAAUGGGAACACUGGGUAUGAGAUACUACAUGGGGUUUACAAACAUAUUGUUGACUUCUCCAACAAUACAUGCACAUGUAGAUCAUGGCAGCUCAAAGGAAUACCAUGCUCCCAUGCAAUAUGUGCAAUAUUUUUUAAGAGAUUUGAGCCUGCUGACUAUGCAACCCAUUGGUACAAGAAAGAAACAUACCUGAAGACUUUUAGUUGUUACAUACAGCCAGUAACCAACAUGGAAAUGUGGCCAUCAACACAGAAUCCAAGUAUUGAGCCUCCUGUAAUUACCAAGAUGCCUGGUAGACCUAAGAAAAAUAGAAAAAGAGCUCAAGAUGAACCUAAAAAGAAGUUUGGAAAGAGAUCAAGGAAAGGGACACCAAUGAUAUGCUCUAAUUGUAAGACAUUAGGCCAUAACAGGAAGGGGUGUCCUAUCCUGGCUGCUCAAACAACAAAUCAACAAUCAGGUCCUACAAGUGAUUCUGGAACUGCCAGGACCAGAAAUACUCAACCAUCAGCUGUUGCAAGUGCAUCUGAUACUGGAAGUAUGAGAUCAAAAACUUCUGAGGAUAUUAUAGCUAGUGUUAGAGAAAGGCCAAGAGGUAGUGGACUUCGAGGAAGACCAAGAACUACUGGAUUUGGUAUAUUGUUUAGUGAUACAGGAACAGUGAUAGAAACGUGUGGAUCAAGAGAUAGGGUACAUUCUGCUCCUACAAAAGUAGUGGAUGCUGGGCAGACCAAUAUCGAUCUUGGAUACAGUGCACCUGGACUAAGAUGGCAAGGAAGAAAUGCUAUAUCACAAAGGCAACUUUAA